AUGAUGUCAUAUAUUUUUAAACAAUCCACGGCGCGCAGCGUUAAGAAAUUGCUCACUUGGAGCAUAUAAUAAUCUGCUGUAUCAACAAAACUGAUUUAUCUGCAGCCCUCCUGCGCUCAUUUAGUAACAGGAUGGAGCUCCAGAAGAUUAUUCAUGAUGCACUGCAUGACUUUGUCCGGUCACACAUUCCGCAUGCAGAUCUGAGCACACUGGACGAUGUGCUGCUUUCCUACAUCACUGGUGUGCUGGAAGAUUUGGGCUCCCAAGCAAGUGUUGAAGAAAACUUUGACGUUGAGGUGUUUGUUGAGAUGCUUGAAGCUUACAUUCCAGGCUUUUCCGACAUUGAUUGUGUUCAGGUCUGUGAGAUGAUGUUUAGCUUGGCCUCGAAAUUAGCCUCAGCACGGAAUGAAGGGUCUUUUGCAUUGAAGACAGAAGAGAGUAAUUGUUCCUCGACUCCUGCUACAGAGCAAAGAGUCCCCAUGCAAAAGACACACAGCCACUCAUCACAUGUAGAGGGAGCCACAGCCAAGGUGAGCACUUCAGAGUGGGAUGAACAGGAACAGCAUCUUCUGGAGAUGUUUCCUAAGUGCAGCGUGACCGAAGCCAGAAGUGCAUUAUCUAUUGCUAAAGGAGACAUGGAGGAAGCUGUUCGACUCAUCAUUGAGGGAGAUGUGCAGCUCAGUCCCACCCCUCCCCUCAGUGGAAGCCAGGGGAAGAGUGUUUCUGCACAGGCUGAUGAGAAGCUGAAAGCAAAUAUUUUAGAAAAAUACAUGUUGAUAGAUAGCGAGGAAGAUAAGAAAAUACACAGACCGUUCAUCCCAAAAGACGCUCCAAAGAAGUUGGUACGUUACCAUAGCAAUCAAGUGGUGACUACCAAGGGAGAGCGCUACCAUCUGGUGAAGAAAGACGAAACGGAAGAGAUGAAAAAGACUUAUGUUAGCCUUAAACCAGCACGGAAAUACCGCUUUCAUUGAUGACGUCUAUACAAUGACACAUCUGCUUUUUACAUUUAAUUUAAGACGGGAGUGAUUUGGCCAGUAUGUGAGCUUUAACGUGAGUUCAUAUUUUUCAUCUUUUUGUCUCUUUUUGCAGUGUGGAUGAUUCACACUCUAUUCAACUUAAACUGCACUGAUCAAAACAAAUCAUUACAAAGAUUUGUUUUGUGGGAAGGCUUUUAAUUUUUGUUGUAUUUUGUUUUAGCUUUGUUUUAUGUACCAACACCAGUUUUGUUUAACUUUUGUUUUUUUUUUAAGGGUGGUGAAAUGCUUUUUUUGAUAUUUGUGUGUGCGUGUCCAUGUUCCGAGACCUUCCAUAGUCAAAUAGUGGCAGCCACCUCCCCAUUUUUCUUUUGCUUUUUCAUGUACACAGUUUGUGAGUGCAGAACUACUUCAGAGCUACAGGUGACUUGCUCUCUCCAGUGUUAGGCAUAGCCUCCUUCCAUUCUCUUCUACCACACUGAGUUUACAUCUUAUAUUCUGUGUUAUUUCCAUAUAGUGCUGAAGAGUUAUUACCUUGUAUCAUUCACUGCUUUGAUCACUACAUUAAAAAGGUCACAUUCCAUGCCAAACUACCAGGCCACUAUUCUAUAAGGAUGUUGUCUCUGACCCCGGACAUCCUCUUUUCUAACUGCAGCAAUCCUGAUGUCGACGUAACCCAUUAAACCAGCAGAUUUAGUGCCUCGUUCAACGAUGAAUCUGGCCCAAGCCCUGUAGUGUACACAGUUUGCUUGCUGCAAAACACCCACAUCUAGAAAUGACUGAUAAGCACAAUAAAAAGCCCAGUAUGCAAUCUGAGCUGUUCUUUAAGUAAAUUACCAACUUUGCAGCAGACUCUGCUCAAAUCAGCUAUUGAGCAGCUGAGACAGUACAACUCCUAGGCUUUUUUUUAUUUAUUUUUUUAUUUUAAAAAACAAAAAAAAACAGGGCUCUCCUUGCCAUCUAAUGACCAGGCAACCUUUUUGUUUCUUAGCAGGGGAGCACAAGGAAGCCAUAUCUACCCUGUGCUGGAGGUUAACUUGCAAUAGUUGGAGAAUUACCUUCUCUUGCAAUAAGCUCACUUUGCAUGGCCAGAUGAUUUUAGAGUGAUCUUGUGGUUGAAUCUAGGAUUCCUACCCAAGGUUAAUUGUUAAAUUGGUGAGUUGACCUUGCAGCCUUCAGCGAGGGUGAGCCUGCUAGGUCUGAUUGGUAAAGUAUUGUCAAAACCGGAUGGUGUCCACUUGAUCAGUUAAAAGAUACCCCUGGUGUAAACAGCUUGGCCCACAGGUUGGUGGACAUUAUCAUCAUUGCCCGUAAAAGUAUAUGUGACACUACUAGGAGGGUCUCCUCAUUUUUUGGGCAUUAUUUACAGAUUUCUCCUGGAAGUCUGUGCUGCAGCUUACUACCUGGACAGCACCAUGCCCAUCUUCUCUAGGGUCUACAAUGUCACACCAGUGGCAUGAGUGCUGAGGUUCUCUAAACACUACUGAGGACAGUCCUGUUUAAUGAGAUUGUUAGUAUAUGAUUCCCACGCCUGGUGUUUUGGUGGGAUGAACUAGAAUCUAGUUACAUAUGUAACUGCUUCUAUGAAUCAAAGAUGAACAGCAUGGUUCCUUGUCAAUUGUAAACACUGAGUAGUUUCCAGGGAAAGAUGGCUGUAUUUAUUGUAAAUACAGCAUCAUGCAUCACUAUGUGACUGAACAGUCUUGGCAUGCGAGUGCGCUCGUCCAAGAAAGUGCCAAGAUGUCCUCCAUUGCCGCUAAUUAUACACCGUUCAUAAUCAUAUACAUGUAUACAUACAUAAAUAACAGUGUGUGUUAGGGAUAGUGAAGGUUGGGCAUGCAGUUUGAAAUUUGAUCAUGUGGUAAUGAAAUGUGUCAGUCAGUAUUACAUGCUGCUAAACGGCUGUUCUGUUAUAAAAACAACCAAGACAACAGUUACUUAGCCUCAGGUAUUAUUGAAGCUGGAGUGGAAUGAGAUUUAAUGCCCAAAGGCUCUCAAGGAAAAAUGUUACACACUAUACAAGAGUCUUAUUUUUUUGUAUAUUAAUUCUUUUGAGUUUUGUGUGAUUUACACUGGAUCUACUCACUUUGCUACUCUGUGUUAGAAGUGUUAUGUACUUUGGUGCUUACAGGUCUGCAUGGUUUUAGCUGAUGGAAAGUGGCUGUUUAUGUAACUCCUCUUCACCGGUCAUAAGUAGUGCAGGAACCCUAGUCUAUUAACAUUUGUUACAAGGUGUCAUGGCAGUUCCUCAUAAAGAGGUGAUCUCUGCAAACUGCAAAACUAUGUUAUGUCAAAAUCUUUAUUUUUGCCGUAUGAUUAACAUAAAAGACGGAUGUAAACUUUGUCGGGUGUAUUUUUGGCUGUAUUUAUCAUUCUAAAUUUACUGCACUUUUUUUUUUUGUGUCUAACACCUGUCGUGUAACAUGAGCACAAGUUGUGGAACAGUUGGCUGAGCUGAGCUUUGAAAAGGUGCUGUGUUUUUCAGCAGGAGAAUACACAGCUGUGAAUGUUUAUUUAAGUUGAUAACGUGGUAACUCGGUAGCGUUUAUAAAAGAAAAUCGAGCGGAAGAACUGGACAAGACAAAAUCUUCCAGUUUUAAGCACUGCUUUAAAGCAGAUUUUUUUUUUUUUUUUUUACAGAAAUACAGCCACAACAGUAUGUAAUAUAAAGUAUUUAUUACGUUGCUGUCAUCUCUGGUUACAGCAUCAAUAAUAAAGAGCUGGUUUGUAUUGGCGAGGCACCAGAUUACACAGAUGACACACACACGGAUUCCUCACUCACGCGCAGUAUUGUGUAAUGCCUCGCCAUUAUCUGUAUUUGCAUUUAAAUCUGAAGAAACCAGAAAAGUAAAAACAAAUGAAUUUAAGAUAAGGAUGAAUGAAUGAACAAUGUAAAUGCAGCACACAGCCUCUUCAUGAUAAUGAGUGAAUUUUAACACCACAGGCUUCAUAUCUGACUAAUCAACUGCACCUAGGUGAAAGUAAAGAUGACUUUUUAUUCAUUGCAUCCUGCAGACAAUGUCCAGAUACACUAAUAUUUUAACUAACCAAAUGCUAAGUGAAGCAAAUGUGCAUCUCCUGUUUGUUUCUGUAUUUAUAUCAGACAUUAUUUGUUCAUAAUGUAUUUCUAUUUAAUUAUAGCCUUGUUGCACAAUAUUUAAUCUUGUUUUUUUUUCUCGCCUGUUUAUAAUAUGGUGUCAGUAUCUCUUGGGAAAGCAUCACAGUGCA